GAAACACCCCCUGGGUGAAAUCACAUGACACGACAGCCAGCCGUCCUGUCAUCUAACAAGUCUAUACUAAUGGACCAGGGUGGAUAUAGUUUUUGAAGUUGUUUUGUAAAAUGUUUCGCAUUUAUAGCAUUUUAUUGUUUUCGGUCAUUGUUCGGCGCACGGUGGUGUCAGUUAAUCACUCCCUUCUAGGUACCUACAUUGCAGUGAAUUCUGAUGAGUUCACUUGUGUCCUGUGGCUCGAUGGCGAAGCAGUCGACUCCUACAGUAGCAAUGGCACGGACAGCGUGCCGCAUAGAAACUGGAUGCGUGAAGGAAGAGGCCGUUCUCUGUGGAAGUCUGUCAAACGCCUUAAUAUGGAGCACUGGAACAGAGGCAGAACUGACAUCUUAAAAAAUUACACAGGACUUAACAUGUCUGGUGCUGCUGUCCUGCAGGGGAGGUUUGGCUGUGAGAUCGAGCGAAACCCUGACUCUGGUGUAAGACUUAUGAGGACCUUUGCUCAGUACGGAUGGAAUGGAGAAGACUUCCUGUCCUUCAGCCUCAGCAGGCUUCAGUGGGAGGCUUCAGCAGGAUCUGCUGUCCCCAUGAAGAGGAAGUGGAACAGGGACCAGGACAUCACCAUGGAAACUAAUAACUACAUAGAGCACACCUGUGUGAUUCAUCUGUUGGACAGUUUGUCUUUUGAAGCAGAGGAGAGCCAGGAGACAGUUAGUCACUCCCUUCUAGGUACCUACACUGCAGUGAAUUCUGAUGAGUUCACUUGUGUCCUGUGGCUCGAUGGGGAAGCAGUCGACUCCUACAGUAGCAAUGGCAUGGACAGCGUGCCCCGUAGAAACUGGAUGCGUGAAGGAAGAGGCCGUUCUCUGUGGAAGUCUGUCAAACAGCGUAAUAUGGAGCACUGGAACAGAGGCAGAACUGACAUCUUAAAAGAAUACACAGGACUUAACAUGUCUGGUGCUGCUGUCCUGCAGGGGAGGUUUGGCUGUGAGAUUGAGCUAAACCCUGACUCUGUAAGUCGUACGAGGACCUUUGCUCAGUAUGGAUGGAACGGAGAAGACUUCCUGUCCUUCAACCUCAGCAGGCUUCAGUGGGAGGCUUCAGCAGGAUCUGCUGUCCCCAUGAAGAGGAAGUGGAACAGGGACCAGGACAUCACCAUGGAAACUAAGAAAUACAUGGAGGACAUCUGUGUGAUUGAUCUGUUGGACAGUUUGUCUUUUGAAGCAGAGGAGAGCCAGGAGACAGCUCAGCCCACAACUGCAGUAUUCGCUAAGAGAUACUGGGACCCUGAGAAGGUUAUUCUGACCUGCCUAGUUUCAGGAUUUCACUGCAGAGACAUGACGGUGGAGGUUUAUCGGGAUGAUGACAUCAUCACUGAAGAAGACGGCCUUUUGUCUUCUUGGAUCAGACCAAACGGGGAUGGGACCUGCCAGCUGAGAAAGAGUCUGGACAUCUCUAACAGCAUUGAGGCAUCGUAUAGCUGUGAAGUCCAGUUCAGAAGUCUUAAACAACUGGUCAAAUGGGAUGGGAAGAUAUGGGACCGGGCUGAGCUAAAACAAAACAAUGAGACUGGACAUUAUUACCACCAGUUGCUUUGGGAUGUACUUUCUUUUGUCAUUGGUUUCUCACCUGUGUUUUCACAUGUCAUACAUUACAUGACACUGAGGCACAGAUGGCACACACAGCGCACAGAGGACUCUGGAUGCUUCAGCCAUUUUUUGGCAUGCAGAUGUAACUCAGAAGGAAUGAAACCCAGCUCAGUGGAUUCAUCGUCUUGAUGCCACAAGAUAAUGACCUUUGUAGUGCAAUAAGGUACUGCUAGACUCCAGCAACACCAUAAAGAGACCGUGCAGCUGGAAGGCCAGUCAACAGCAAUAUGAAGGACAGAACACGUCUCCUGUCUGUUCUGGCCCCACGAUGGUGGAAUGACCUCCCCGUGGAGGUCAGAACGG